AUGGCAUCUUUUACAGAGGAACUUGCUGUUUAUCAUUGCCAGCAGAAAGGAGGAUCGGCUGACGUAAACUCACUAGAAGUUCGAAGCCAUGGCCAAUCCUGCAGGAGAAGAACCCGUCUCCAAACCUGUAGAACUUUGCCACGAAUGUGGACAAAUUCACUUGUUGCCCGACAACCACCUUUAUAACUUCCAAGAUGAAGUAGAUGAUGACUUGACCUGCCACAUUUGCCUCCAGCCUUUGCUCCAGCCCAUGGACACGCCUUGUGGACACACGUACUGCUUCAGGUGUCUUGAAAACUUCAUGCAGGAGCACAGCUUCUGCCCCAUGGAUCGGAAGAAACUUUCCUUCCAGAACUGCCGGAAGUCUAGCUUGCUGGUGCGGAAUCUGCUGGAUAAGCUCGUGGUCCUUUGUCCCUUUCAAGAAGACUGUGCGCAGACGAUGCAGCGGUGUGAACUCGAAGCUCACUUGCAGAACAGGUGUCCUGGCUUCAAGAAAUACACGGAGCGUCUGGAAAGGAAGAGGAAUCCUCGGUCCAGGAUGAAGGGAGAUUCUCUUUCCAGGCUGGAAUCAAAGGCUGUAAAAGAUCCCGAAGUAUCAAACGGGGUGUCCACUUCAGUGCCUGGAGGCUCAGUAGCUGCCGUUCCGUCACCAGAGAUCGCAGAUCCUGGGGUGGUUAACCCAGCCUUUGAUGGGAGUGAAGAAGGACAGAGCAGUGAAGCCCGGGUGAGCUUCGUGGUCCUCCGGCCGGCCGGCGGGCAGCCUCCGGAAGCCGCCGAGGACAGCAGCAGCAGCAGCACUUCCAACGCCAGCAGCAAUGGGGGGAGCCCUGUGCCGGAGCGCAGUCGCCGGAAGCCGGAGCAGAGUCACUUCCGCCGAAGAUCCAACUAUCAGAAGAUACUCCCCCACGGAUACUUCAGCCAGGAAAAGGUGGUUACCAUAAAAAAGGACCCCAAAGAGUCCUUUGGUAUAACAAUAGGAGGAGGAAGAGACGGCAAAGCCAAACUCCCUAUUUAUGUAACCAGUGUCCAGCCAGUUGGAUGUCUCUUGAGGGAUGGGAGAAUUAAGAAAGGAGAUAUUCUUUUGAGUAUCAACAACGUCGAUUUGACUCACUUGAAUUACAGCGAAGCCGUCUCUGCACUCAAGUCCAAUGCGGCGCUGCAGACAGUGGUGCUGAAAGCGCUGGAGGUGGUCAUCCCCGAGAAGGCCUCGGAAGGGGCUGAGAGCCUGGACAGAAAGGAAAACGGGCACAGCUGGGCCAGCUGGUCUCCUCUCUGGAUCACCUGGCUGGGAUUGCCAAGCCAGCUUCACUUCUGCCAAGAUAUCGUCUUGCACAAAAGCCAUGCGGAGACCUGGGGAUUCAGCAUAGUGGGCGGUUUCGAGGAAAGCAAAGGAAACCAGCCCUUCUUCAUUAAAACCAUCGUGCCUGAGACUCCUGCCUUCUGGGACCGGCGGCUGAAGUGCGGGGAUGAAAUUGUGGCCGUCAACGGCGUGUCCGCGGUGGGAAUGAGCAACAGCCAGCUCAUCCCGAUGCUGAAGGAGCAACGGAAUAAAGUGACUCUAACGGUGGUCUCGUGGCCCGGCAGCCACGUCUAAGGUGCCAACUGGGAUAGGAUGCUUGAUUCAAGAUGCCUUCGUUGGAGGGAGCCAACCCACCAGCGGCUGAGCAGGCCUCAGACCGGUUUCCUCCAACGGGCAGGUUUUUCUACGGAAAAGGCAAAAAUGUAGCUUGUUGUUGAGUUUGAUUUUAGAUCCAUCAGCUCGGUAAGCUAAAAGCAGCUGAUGAGCAGUUGGAGGUAACUCGUGGCAGGGUUAUUUUCGUUGUUGUUGUUGUUGUUGUUGAAGAGGGAAACUCUGUGCGCCAGCCUGCUUCUCCUGAAGUCUCCUCGUAAAGCCGCCAAACUAAAGGACAGCAGGCUGAAACUCAAGUGAUCGAUGGCCUUUAAUACGAUCAUCUCGGCUCUUAGCAAACUAAAGUACAGCAGCCUUCCAGUUUACUGACUAGUCAUUGCAACGGGCGAAUCCUUUUGAUGGGUCUCCCUGUAGUAGUUACUGGUGCCUUGCACAGGAGGAGGCCUGGGAAUGCUCAGCCGUUGUUGAGGUGUGUAUGUAUGCCUCUUGCUCAACCUGACGGUUCGGCCUGGAGCCAGUCUCGAGGGUUACGUCACGCUUCACAGCCUUGUUUGACUUCAGGAGUUGCUUUCAAGGAGGUCCGGAAGGCCACGGGAAGGACGUUCCUCCCCAACUGAGCCCCCUUUCAGGGUUUCUCUCCUGUCACUUCUUUCCCACGGUAGAGGGAAUAUGAAUGAGCUACUCACGGCAGACUGUGGCCAUUGGAUAGGCACUGAAUAGAGGCUUACUGUGUCUCUGCAGACAACUUGGGGGUGUGGGGGGUGAGGUUUCAGACCAAGCCAGCUGCCCAGACCUUCCCAUAAAUGUCUUGAAGAAGGAUUCUGUUCCAGCUCAUUCCCAUCCCAACAAGCUCAUUAGGACCACAGUCCUGGUUGAGUUCGCUUCUCAUCGCAGCAGCUCAGAUGGCCAAAGAAAACGCUUAGGAGGAAGUAAAGCCAUCUGCCCCCCCCCCCCCCGGCUGUCCUUUUGAGGGCAUCCACCCUCUGCCCAGAUACAUUUCCAGGGGGGGCUUCAGCUGUCUUUUCCACCCGUGGUUUAGGAGGCUGGUGGUGAAGGAGAUGGCUCGGCGUACCAACCUUAUCCACUGGGGAAAAAAAAGGCCAUCAAAAAGCCACCUCCCUUGGGUUGUUUUCCUUUGAUCUGAUCCCCACAGUGUUUGUGUGUUUGUUUUUUGAUCAGUCAUAGCCCUGAGCUAAUUGAGCAUCCUUGUGAUUGCUUAACAAGAUUGCUCAACAAGCACGUCCUUUUGUCCGUGACUGUGGCGGAGACUUUGUCCUGUGAACAGUUGCACAGCAAAUCGAAGAGAGGAAUAAGCAUCCCCCCACUACGGAAAGGUAGCAAAAACUGUGCCUAUGGAAGGUGCUUGCUAUGUUUUCUUCCACAUGUGUGCGCGCACACAUAUGCUGACACUUGAAGAUAAGAAAUUUUUUUUUUGUAAAAGUCAUCUUUUUUUUUUUCCUUAAAAAAAAAAAUAGCCUUAAUAAUUAUUUUUCUAAGCAUAGGAUACACUACAUUUAUUUCACUGGGUUGAAAACCUGCUUUCUGUUGUCCAUGCUCGGCGAAGUUUCAUGAUUUACAAAGGGAUCCUACUACCUGUUUGCAAAUAUUGUGUGGUUAGAGAAUUCAUUAGUUUGUCGUAAUUAGGAAAUGAAUAGGGCCUGCUACCUCCAAUGAAAAUGGAUUUCUCAGCCCUUGAUUUGCACAGAAGUUUUAGGUUGCUGAAACACAGCAACCCUCUAUUACUGGGCUCUCCAACCUCGACCGCCGUAAGGCUAGCGGAGUUCAACUCCCAGAGUUCCCCAGCCGGCAUGGCUAGCUGAGGAAUUCCGGGCGUUGAACGCCACAAGCCUUCCGGUUGCCAGGUUGGAGACCCUUGCUGUACAAUGUGCUUCUCCCACUUGCUCACAAGAUGGUGGGAGGUACACACAUCUCAGGAAACAACUUGCAAGGGGAUUCUGCCUCUCCCAGGACCUUGGCUUCCUGGAGAUUUCAGGGUGCCUUUCAGUUGGCGCCUUAUUUCAACUGAACAGCAAGUCAGGCUGAUGCAAACACAGGACUUGGUAUUCACAGAGGCUGUGCAAAAUAGCAAAUCAACACAAAAAAGACUUAUGAUUUGUUUAAAUAUGAUUCAUGCUUGGACUCUGUUGCCUCAUUUGAAUCUGGCAAGUAGGUACUAGUGCUCCAUUUAAGGAUGUUGAUUCACUUAAAAAUGUAUUUGUCAGAGUAUAUUUCUGAAAGUCAGCAUCUGCCUUCAGAUGUGCUUUGAAAGGAUACUGGUCUGCCUAACUGACGGGUAAUAAGAAUAAUUGACUCUUUGUCUUGGAGUCCCAUGUGACCACUGUAAUGUGUGACUCUUG